AUGAAAGCCAUCAUCGCCUUGUGUCUCAUUGCUGGAGCUUCGGCCCAAUAUGCCUACAACAACCAGUACGAAAUUGGUGUUCCGGAAAACUAUUAUGCCAACCAGGGCCAGUACAAUCAGGGCCAGUACAACCAAGGCCAGUACAACCAGGGCCAGUACAACCAGGGCCAGUACAACCAGGGCCAAUACAACCCGGGCAUGACGGGACCGGCCAAGGCGAUCCCCGAUUCACGCUGCCCCCGUACCGAUGAUCCGAUGCGCCCGGUCCAUCUGCCUUAUGCCGGCCACUGCAACAAGUUCCUGAAGUGUACUGGUGGUUUGGGCUUCGUCAUGGAUUGCCCGGCCGGACUGGACUUCAGCACUCGCAUGAACCGCUGCGAUUAUCCCGCCGUCGCGCAGUGCCCCUUCAUCGCACUCGCUGUCCUCGUUGCUGCCGUCGCCGCAGCCCCACAGUACCCGGAAAUGUCGUACAACGCGUACAACAUGCCGCAGGAGCCCCGCUACGAGGCGUACAAUGCUCAGCCACAGUACGAGGCCCAGCAGUACCAGUACCAGCCGCAGUACCAGCAGCAGUCCCAGAGCGAACAGCUGUCUGCCGAUGGGUACAAAAUCGUCCCCGGCAUCGUUGAUGCUCGCUGUCCCCGUGCCGACGACCCGAUGAAGCCAGUCCAUCUGCCAGUGAACGGCAACUGUGGCAAGUUCAUGAAGUGCUUCGGUGGCCGUGCCUACGAGAUGGACUGCCCGGCCGGUCUGGAGUUCGGUGCCAAGGUGAACCGUUGUGACUAUCCCGCCCUUGCUCAGUGCUCCCGCUUCUAA